AUGAACUCAGAGGACAGGCUAUCGCACGCAGAGCCGCCCGACCAUACCCUGGAGCUCUCCAACACAGCAGGCUUGCCCAACGGCCACCUAGACGAAAAUAGCGCCGAAUAUCUCGAUGUCAACUGGGACCUGAACUUGAUCCUAGACGCCAACUCCGAGGUGCUUCUGGCGUUUGACUUCCACGGCGGGCUGAACAUGGUGCCUCUUCCGGGCCAGAUCCCCGUGCCCAAUAUGGAUAUCCACAACCAGUACGCCAACAAGUCUCGCAGCAGACCUUGUGACCACUGCCGCCGGAGGAAAACGAAAUGUGUGAUUGCUCCAGGCGCUAAUAACUGCGUCCAGUGUGAAUCCAAGUCCAUUACGUGUACGUACAACCUGCCGCCUCGACAGGACUCCGAUGAGCCCAACAAGCGGAAAAAGCUCCAGGAGGAACAGAAAAGCAGGGUCUCCACGCCAGAUCAGUACGCACGGAACAACGGCUACGGCAUGAACAUCCCCGUGCAAGACUACUCCCUGAUGAACAACUCCCUUCUCAAGAAGACCUUGUCACUCCAGUUCCCCAGGCUGUCUUUCUACAUCGGACCCACAUCUUAUUUGUUCGACAACAGUUUAUUGGAUGUGAUCUUGUCGCAGAAGAAGCCGGGCGAGGAAGAGGCUGCUAACCCGAGAAAGGCCAAUCGUGUUGAGCAGGUCAACUUGAGCGACACGAUCUCGCUACGCAGGGUCGGCGACAAAACCCAGUUUAUCUUGAAAGACGAUCAGUCGUCGAAUUCUUACCAAAACAUGUCGAACGAUGUCGAUGCAAUCGAGAAGUUCGUGGCUCCACACGGCCAGAUCUUGAUCGACCUCUACUUCCGCAUAAUCCACCCUUCGUACCCCAUUUUGCAUAAAAAGGUUUUCUUGGAGAAGUACUCGAGAACCCACAGGGAGUUCAGCGCUCCUUUGUUAGCGGCAGUGUACGCCUUGGCUAUUCAAUGGUGGGACUAUGAUCCGCAGUUGAACCGCUUCGCCAAACCAAAUCUCGACAUGAUGCUCAAAAUUGCGCUCAACAACUUCAUGCUCGAAAUUCUCAAACGCCCUAAACUCAGUGCUGUCCAGGCAGGUCUUCUCUUGCUUCAGUGCAAGCACAUUUUCAGAGAAGCCAAUGGCGCCAGCAACAACAGCCAAGAUUCUGUGGCCAAUGCGAGCGCCUCGUUAAACUCGUCCUUCUCCGAUCUGGACUACAAUGACUGGGUGCUUUGCGCCCAGGUUGUGGCCAUGUCUGAAGAACUUGGUCUUGCUCUCGACUGCGAUAAGUGGAAACUACCGAAAUGGGAGAGAGGCUUGAGGAAGCGUCUAGCUUGGGCAGUCUUUAUGGAAGACAAGUGGUUGUCCUUGAAAAAUUCUAGACCUUCUCAUAUCAGCGAAGAUGACUGGGUGGUUCUGGAGCUCAAGGAGGAAGACUUCCCUGAAAAGGCUGGCGACGGCGAUCUCAAGGAGGGCUCUUCCGAUAUCAACAACGGAAAGAAGAACUUCAUGAAUUUAGUCCGCCUCUCGCAGAUUCUAUCAGGAAUUCUCAAAUCCCUUUAUUCCAUGAAAGCCAUGAAGGACAUUGUUGAUAUCAAUGAGGUUCUCCAGAUUGCUAAGCCCAUUCAAUUGAAGUUAAGAACGUGGUAUCACUCUCUUCCAAUCGAGCUUCAAAUGACUUCUGUUCAGCCCCGCAAGCUUUGUCCCAAUGGAUACUUGCAAUUAUCUUACUUCGCCACUGAGCUCACACUCCACAGGAAGAUAAUCACCACCAUGCAUGAGAUGACAGUCAACAAUAAACCAGUUCCCAAAGAACUUGUCGAUGUUUGCAGAACAGCGGCCAAAACACGACUUUUGGCGUCGAUCGAGUUUGUGAGGGACCUCAAACCGGAACAUAUUCACUCCUUUUGGCACUCAUCAUCAUCUGCGAACUUCACCUUGAUCGGCACAUUUGCCGCCCUCUUGUUCGUUUCAGCGCCUACAAAAGAGGAGGCCGACUUCUACAAGGACCAGAUAUUCAAUUACAGAUGGAUCCUCAAGAUCUCCUCCAAGGGCUUUGUUCAAGUGGGCGAUGCACUCGACCAGCUCGACUUAGUUCUCAAGCAUAUCCCAGGUUUGCUCAGUGAUUCCCAGGACCAACCAGGCAUGGUCCCUCAAGUACCUACCAUCGACUAUAAUAAGCUCUACGAGCAGCAGAUGCGGAACCCCACUAGGGGAGCUGACAAUUCUCAGUACAGCGGUUCACCUGCCUCACAAGCAACAUCCGUGGACGGUAACGUCAACGGAUCCAUUCAAAACCAUCGCCAGCCUCAACAGGCUGGCCGUUUCAACGUUCCUAAUCAACAAUUCCAGAAGGGUGGUAGAGAAGCCAACUUUGGUAACGGCAUGAUCAGGCCAAGUUCAGCCCAGCAGCACAGACAGUCUGGUCCCGUCGUGGCUUCACCCUACGAUUCGCCACAGGCAUUCAACACCCCUGGCUUCAGUGCCAACAAUUCCAUAUCUAGAGGCACAUUCGCAAGGAAUGUCCCGAAAGACGCCAUGACACAGCAGAGAUCCAUGUUGGGUAACAACAGCCCAGGAACCGGUGGUGGAGAGUCUGAUCGCAGACAGAGCUCAACUAGCCAUGUUUCUGAGGUUGCAAGUCAUGUUGAGGGAGCCUCUUCAAAAGGCGACAGUCCAGCAGUGACCCGUUCACCAUUGACCAACCGCAAGUAA